AUGACGGGAUUUCCGCAUUCGGUAAUCAGUGUUUUUGAUGGUGCCCAAGAACCUCCCCUUACUGCCGAGGAUCUUGAAAACAUUCGAUCCUGGCUGUCUCCAACAGAAUAUGAUUCGGAAGGGAGUGAAUACAACAGACAUCUCAACUCCCAUGCCCCGGGAACUGGCGACUGGCUGUUCCAGACAGACAAGUACAAGAACUGGCAUGAUUCCAGUCUUGGGGCCUUGUGGGUUCAAGGCAUUCCGGGAAGCGGCAAAUCAGUAGUCGCGGCCAAUUUGAUCCAGACCCUGAAAAAGGAAGAUGUGCCUGUACUAUUCUUUUUUGCUCGGCGGAUCAUCAAGUCGAAUAGCAGCCCACGACAAUUGGCCCAAGACUGUUUAUCACAGCUCCUUGAUUACAGUAUUCCACUGCAAGUGACUCUGAAAAAGCUUCAUCAGCAGCAUUCGGCGGUAGAGGGUGCUCCGUUCGAAGAACUCUGGAGAUCGUUGCUUUUCGCGCUUUCGACCCUUCCCAUGGUCUAUCUCGUUUUUGAUGCCCUGGAUGAACUGGAUACUGAGCAAUGCGGAUUUUUCCAAUGCCCCUAUGAGCUCGGGCAACAAAAGCCAGAGUCAAUCAAGCUUAUCAUGACCAGUCGCCCAAUACCCUUGCUGCAGAACGCCCUCAGGGGGGCGCACAUUGUCAGGAUUCGGCUUGAAGGAGGGGAUAUUGAAAACGACAUUGCCACAUACCUCAGUCAGCGCCUCACUAAUAAACAGCAGAGCGGGUUGACGCCGGAAGAUUGUUCGGUAGUCAAGGAAGUUCUCUGCCGAAAGGCAAGAGGUCUUUUCCUGUACGCCCGACUGAUGCUCGACGAGAUCAUCUACAAGCAAGUUGCUGUGCGUGAGCAUCUCGAACAUCUUCCUGGCUCUUUGGAAGAUAUGUAUGUGAACCUCCUCCAUGAGCACUCGAUACGCUCCGGAGCCAGUCGAAAUUUCCAGUCCUGGCUACUUUCUUGCAUCACUCAUGCGAGUCGGCCCCUUCGCGCCACAGAACUUGCAGCCUUGAUCAAUUCUCGUGACGACCGAAGCGGCCUCAAUGCUUCCAAAGAUGCAAAACUCAUGGCUCGCACGUCGUGUGGCCCGCUUCUUGAGAUCUUGGAUAAUGAAACCGUCCAAGUCAUCCACCACUCUUUUACAGAGUUUCUGCUGGAUAGAGAGCGCAAAAGCGCCGUAGAGCCACCUCAGUCUGACAAAUGGUUCCCGGCUCUUUCACCAAUUCUUAUUCAUGAGAAUCUGACAAUUUCUUGCAUUGAUUAUCUACUGUCUGGAUGUUUUGAAUCGUGGUCUGUCAGUGAUCGCAGUGAAAACUUGAAAUACUGCUAUGAUCACUCCACGGAAAGAAGUCUCAUGGUGCAAUUUCCUUUCCUCAAAUACGGAUCGCAGAACCUGCUGUACCAUGCUGCGAAAUGCAAGAUCAUGACGAAAGAACUGAUGUUGAAGCUCGAUGGUCUCUGCCAGUAUGGAAAUCAUGCUUUCGAGAGUUGGAAGGACUUCAUGCUCAUACACAAGGCAGAGGGCAUUCCUGAUAAGUUUCGUGUUCUUCAUAUGGCCGGCCAGGCUGGACUGGAAGGGUACAUUGUGCAUCUCAUAGAAGGGGGAGAACAAGUGAAUUCUGUGGAUUCCUAUGAGCGAACAGCAUCUGCCUACGCUGCAAUGAAUGGGCAUGCCGGGACACUUGCAAAACUUUUGGCUAGCAAUGCAUGUUUAACCAUCUCUGACAGGGAUGGCUUAUUACCUAUUCAUCAUGCUGCUAAAGGCAACCAUGUCAAAGCGCUGCAAUACUUGCUGGAUGCCGGUGCAGAUCCAAUGUCGCCCAAAAAUCGAGAAGACCAUGGUCACUUCCCUGCGCAAGACUCGACCAUUGGAAAGACACCAAUCCAAUACGCCUGCGAGCUAGGCGCUGCGGAUGUUGUCUCUGAGUUGUUAACACGUAUGGAUGCCUGUUCACGAGGCACCGUUCUUCCACACUAUGCGUCCGCGACAGGUCAAUCCAAAACUCUAGCAAUCCUGCUCCGGUAUCCUGAAAUUGUUGCCAAUAUCAACAAACACAAUCCUAAGGGCCAGACGGCGCUGUUUCUUGCGGCAGUCGCCGCAGAUUCCGAGACUGUGCGCAUUCUGCUCUCCCACGGAGCCGACGUACAUGCCAAAUCCCACCAAAUUAAAUACUACGGAGACGGCCCCGGUGUUCGUUUUGCCAGCAACAAGCCGGAGUUGAGUCCUCUCCAGGGGUGGGCGAGAAUCACAGUCCCCGGACACGGGAUGCCUGACAACACUCUUGAAGAAUGGGAGAAAAGCGCAACUUUCCUCAUUGAGGCUGGAGCUAAUGUCAAUGCGACGCACGAGUCAAGCCCUAUAUUAUUUGCUUGGGCAGAUCAGUAUUUCUGCGGCUCGGAUCGCGCUGAAGAAUUUGUGUCCUUUCUUCUGCGUCACGGUGCCAAUGCGUCUGCCACUGAUUCUAAGGGAAACACCGUGCUUCAUCAAAUUGAGAAGAGGUCUGAAGGAGGCUUCCAGGUCAUCAAGAUGCUUACAGAGGCAGGGGCGGACAUCAACAAAGCUCGACCUGGUGACGGCGUCACCCCUCUCAUCCUAGCGGCCAUGGCCCAAUGCACGGAUGUCAGCAAGUAUAUCGAGAAUGGUGCUGAUCCAAACAUGCAAGACUAUAAAGGAAACACAGCACUGCACUAUAUUUGCGCCUCGUGGGUGUUUGAAUAUGAUGAUGUUCAAGAGUGGCUGAAGUUCGCAGACCCCACGAUCAAGAAUAAGAAAGGUGCACUUUGUAUGUAUAACCUCCGAUAUGGAAACGGUGGAGAUGGCAGGGUGAACUCGAUUCCGCUGUUCAUGGAGAAAGGACUGGAUCUGGAGUCCCGAGAUCGACUAGGGAGAACGGCUUUGCUUGCAGCCUGCAACAAUGGAGAGUCGCAAUUCAUAACGGCAUUGAUCAAGAACGGAGCCAAUGCCAAGGCCAGGGAUUUCCGGAACAAGUCCGCUCUUCACAUAGCUGCACAAGUCAAGUUUUGGCUGGCGGAUGCCAAAGCUCUCAUUCAAGCAGGAUGUGACAUAAAUUGUGUCGAUUUCGAAGGCAACACGCCCUUCCAUGAUGCAAUUUGCUCGAGUAUCUCUCCCGUCACCUUAGAGAUAAUUUUGGAGCUUGGUGGACUGGCAACCCUGGCCAACAACCGCGGCGAAACAGCUUUGCAUAAGUUAGUCCGGCUGCCGAACGUGGACUCUGCCAGCCCGAGCAUUCAAAUGAUCCCCGCUCUAAUGGAUUUCCUGCUACAGCCACGCCUGGGUAUAAAUUUGCAUGCGGCAGAUAACGAAGGUAUCGUGGCCAUUCAUUGCGCUGCCUCCACGUCCGAUGUUUGUGUUUGGAAACUCUACCAAGCUGGAGCAGAUAUAAAUGCCCUCACGAACGAUGACCGAACUCCUCUUCAUUUUGCAGCAGGCGCUGGGCAUAGCAGUGCUGUCGAUCUCCUCUGCUUUCUAUACUGCAAGAAAUUGUACAACGUGGAUCAGAAAGAUGAAAAUGGUCGGACUCCAUUGCACCAUGCGGUUCUGUCUGGAAACCUCGAGAGUGUCUACUCCAUAUUACAAGCUGGGGCGAAUCCAAACAUCGCAGACAAACAUGGUUCGACACCCCUACAUCUGGCUGCCGAGCACCAGGUCAAUAUCUCUGCGUUCAGAAAGAACCGCAAGUACAGGAAACUGCCUAUAUGGGGAGGUGGUGGUCGAUCUCUCGCCGCGUACAUAAUUCCUCCUCCCAACACUAGACAAUAUUGUGUUGAGUGGAAGUUAAGCUUUGCGAUCUGUCAAGAAGACGAAGCUGUCAUGACACAAGAUGUUGUUCGCUGCCUCUUGGCAGCCGGUGCGGAUCCAGCCCUGUGCGACAAUUCUGGGCAAACGGCAUAUGAUGUGGCUGUUUUUAUAGGCCACGAGGAAGUGGUGGAUGCGCUUUCACCUUCACCAAAUCUUGGCACGAAAAACAGUCUCAUGCAUCGUUGGUGUUCUACCCGAUCCACACACGCUGAGGCCAUUGCUCGAGGCCUCGAGGAUAAUAGGGCCGAUGCAUACACCAUCCUCCAAGCAGCUAUCAGCACGAGAAACGAGGCUGUAGUAAAGGCUUUAUUAAAGAACGGACUUGAUCCAAUGUCUUGCGGCCCCGAAGGCUUGACGCCUGUGCACUAUGUUUCUCAUUGGGGCCUUAUGUCAAUGAUGAAGACAUUCGCACCUUUUAUCAAAGACAUCAAUGCAUUUUCACCUCCUCUCCUUCAUGUUGCGGCAAGCAGACAGCUGUCAAAUCUACAAAUGGUCAAUCUGCUUAUUGGACUCGGUGUUGAUGUGAACACCAAGUAUACAGAAUUUGUCGACAAAGACCGUUAUUUCGGACACCAUCCUGCUACAUACUCAGCCGCUCAUGUUCUUGCCGUGGGCGAAAAUUGGUGGAACAUCUCGGCACUAGAGUCAAUUUGCAAGGCAGGAGCAGAUCUAGAAUCAGCUGAUUCUCAUGGAAGCACAAUUCUUCAAUGUGCGCUUUCUGGAGAUCGAAGUGGGUUCUUAGGAACCUCCUUUUGGUAUGAUAAGACUUUGGAGGUCGUGUUGAAACACGGUGCAAAGAUUAACGCCGUCUCUCCUUGCAGUGGCUUGACGCCUCUGAUCUCUGCCUUGGAUACUAAAAGAGGCCUGGCAGUGAUCCAGAAGCUCCUUGACCACGGUGUUGACAUGAGCCUAUGUCCAGUGCCUCCCAUAAUCGUGGCAGUCAGGAGCGGUAACUGUGCAGUUGUCUCGGCUGUUAUUGACGCUGGAGCAGAUGUCAACAUUGUAUUCCACCGCCCGAACGACAAGGGUUAUUUCAGAAAACUCAAGGACGAAGAAGUGCCUCUUCUCGCUGCCUCUCUAAAAGCUGAUCGACAGUUCCUAGGAACCACGCGGCCAAGAAAGACCAGGGAGAAAAUGGUUGCGCUUCUUCUGAAACGCGGGGCGAGCCCCUGGAUGAAACUGCGCAAUGGCAAAUCCACUGUGUUCCAUGAAACUUGUCAUAACCAUGGGCUUAUUGCCCCAUUCAUCGACGCUGGAAUUGAUUUAGAAGUGAGAGACUCUGAAGGUCAAACCCCUUUGAUGAGAGCAUGCUCGAUCUCGACUGAAUCCCGCGUCUUGGAGGAUGAUUCCAUAUCAAGCCAAUUGAUAUUAGCUGGAGCAAAUAUCCAUGCCGCAGACGGCAAUGGAUCAACGCCCUUGCUACUUGCUACCCAAGCAGGCUUGUACAAGACAGUGAAGCUGCUACUGGUAAAAGGGGUCAACGUCUCUGCGACGAAUAGUGAAGGUCUCUCGCCACUUUACUGCGCUCUCAGCGGAUCUAGGAUAAACGAGGACAACAGAUUGGACCUCGUUAAUGCGCUGCUCUCUGCUGGUGCAGAGCCUCGAAUCACCGGUCCGAAUGGCGACACUCCACUGCAUAUUCUUGCUCCGACACUCAUGACACUCAGCCCCGACGGUGGCGUAUAUCUUCGUGGCUACGACAAGAGUUAUCUUCCAGCAUACCAAGAUCUAUAUGAACACUUCAUUGCAAAUGGCUGUGAUCCCAAUGCCCGCGAUAAUGCCGGAAAUACGCCUCUUUUUCCAUAUGUCGAACAAACCAAGUUGCGAUGCGACUAUUACCGGGUUUGUUCUCCUGCGGAGUCCGAUGUUCGCCGGAUGUUUGGUUAUCAUGAUGUAUUUGUUGUCAAUAAUGAAGGCGAUACUCUGCUCCACGCAGUUGCCGGGCGGGCAGAUGAUGAAACCAGUGAAUCCGAUGGACUAUGGCUGUUUGAAGAGCUGCUGGCACGGGGAUUGGAUCCGAGGAAGGAGAACAAGAAGGGCAUGAGUGCCUUGGAUGUUGCUGCUGCGUGUGAGAGGCAGCUGAUCUUGGAUCUUUUUGCGAAGGAAGGAUAG